AUGGCAAUUAAUACCCAUCAACCUUUAAAUCAUUCUAGUUUAGAUACAAUAUCAUUAUCGUCAUCAUCAACUCUUCCCCCACCAACAGAUUCAAUUAAUUCACCAUGCAUAAUGCAGAAACAUCUACUACUGCCACCACAAACUGAUAAAUAUAAUAAUUAUCAACUCUCUUAUCAACUAGAUAAACAGCAUAAACAACAGAAGAAACCCAAAAACUCCCACUGUGGAUUCCUGCCUAAACGUAGAACGAAAAUGAAGAAAUCAUUCAGUAUCAAUAACAUCAAGCAAACUUCUAAUUCAGUUGAUAAUCACCCAUUAAAUCACUACCACGAAAGAACUGAUCCUGAAAAGCAUACUUUUGAAGAUUAUCAUGAAGAUAGUAUGGAAUUAGAUGAAUAUGAUUCUGAUUCUGAUGAUGAUUUAUCUUAUACUUCAUGUCUGUCAUUACAAUCUAAUUCAAAUUACAGUGUUGUUUUUGAAAAAAAUCCCACUACAACUACUCCAUCUUCUUCAUCAAAUCAGAUACCCUUUUCCUAUCAUUCAUUUAAUAAUGAUUGUUUUCUUUAUACAAGUACUAGAUCUUCAUCGAGUAUAAGUAUUCCCCCCAUGAAUAGAUCUCAGUCUAUUUCCAGUUCUUCACAUUCACCAGUAUCAUCACAGUCAUUAUUAUCAAUGUCACCUCCAAGUGUAUUUUGUCUUCCUUCAACUACAACAUCGUGUUCUCCCAUAACAACAAACUCAAUAUCACAAUCUUUGGAAAUGGAAAGAUCUCUUCGUCGAUCUUCAUCUAGUGAUUCUUUAUACAUGUUACUUAAGAAUUCGUCAUCUCCCUUUUCCUCCUCCUCGUCCACAUCCUCUUCACCGUCUUCAUUGUUACCAUCAUCUUCACCAUCUCCCUCACCUUCAUCAACAAUAUUAUCACCUUUUUCUAAAAAACAAACUAUUAAAACUACUACCAAAAAAUCCAUGUAUUCAAAUCUAAGUACUUCAUUAAGACUGUUUCGAAAUAAGCUUUCUUCAUAUAAUAAAGAAAACCUUUUGAAAUUUAUGAUGGAUUCACCAAGAUUAACCGAUGAAAAAUUACCAUUACAUAAACAACCUUGUCCAGAAUUGAUUCAAGAACAAGAAGAAACCACUACUACUACUGCUACUACUCCAAUGCAAGAAUUGACCACUUUCCAACAUUCUCAUAAUUUAAGUUCAGAAAACACCACUCAUGAAUUUCAAUGUAUCAAAUACAAAUACAAGACUCGUGAACUGCGAACUAAUUCACGAUUUUUAAUUCUAUAUGCAUUUGAUAUGAAUGCUCGUUCUAAUUCAAUGACAUUACCCAAUUUACCAUCUCAAGAUGAAUUAUAUCGAAUUUUUAAAUGUCAUCCAAACAUUAAAAAAUUUCAUUAUAAUCAUAAUAUUCAUCGAAUAUCUAAUUUGUCUAGAGAAAAAUUAUGGAAUAAUGUCAUUUUACCACCACGUCAAGAUGAUAGUCCUGAUUUAUUUAUAAAAGGAGAACAAUAUAUUCUCCAUAACGAUACCAAUGAACAACCAGAUUGUCAUUGUCAAUAUUCAAUUGUUAGGAAACUGGGGAAAUAUAUGCCAUGGGCAAUAAAACCAAGUAUAAAACCAGCAGGAGUUUUACCUAAUAGUAAAUGGGUUUUCAAUGGUCAGGCACCAAAUAGUGGAAUCACAAAAACUCAAUUUACUAUAAAGGGAUGGUGUAAUCCUAGAUGGGUUAAUCAUGCUACAACAAAUUGA